AUGAGAUAAGAUUAUCAAUUAUGUGGUAUUUUUGAUGUUGAUGAAUAUGACAAAAACGUUAUUUUUGCUUUCCAAAAGAUUCAUUUCUCAAAAAAUAUUUUCAUAAAAAUCACCUCAAAUUUAGACUAGGGAGCAGAAAAUGUAAAAUAACUUAAAAAUUUAGGAAUCUUGGGAUAUUGUAAUGCCCAAAAGAAUGUAUGAUUGUUAAGAUAAUAUGAUACCAUGUGACUUUUGGAUUCAUGUUAAAUCAUUUUGGUAAACUCCAUGUGAGUUUGAUGGAUGGAAAAUUGAUGAUAAUCAAACACUCUCUUCGAGUGUAUGCGCUGGUCUGAAUAUAGCUGGAGGAUACCCUAACUUAAGAUUAAAUUAAACGGUUGAAAAUUCAAUCUUUAAUUUAUCUUCCCAUUUUAAUGUUUAAGUAGAAUUCCAAUUUUGGUUAUUUGGAAAUUGGUUGGAUGAUUAAUUUAUUCUUAAGCUUGACGAUUAUGAAUUAUUAAACCAACAUAUAAAUUAAUCAGCACAUUUUAUAAACUGUGGAGGUAUUAAAUAAAAUGUUAGCUUUAUAAAUCUUAGAGCUUAAAUGAAUCAUUCUCAAUCGUCAAUGAAGAUUACAUUUACCACUCAAUCUAAUUCAACUUUGAAUAAAUAUUGGGGAAUUAAUACAUUUGAUUUAUAUAUCAGAAAAUGUUCAAAUUAUUGUGAAAAAUGCAAUGGACCUGGGGAUAAAUAAUGUACUGCCUGUAUUAAAAAUUGGGUAAUUUUUAAAGAAGAAUGCAUUUUAUUACAAUAAAAUUCCUCCUUAAAAUUGCGAUUAUAUUAGCUUAGUUUAAUAACUAUAUAAUAUUUCAAAUAAUAUUCAUUGAAUUUAAUUAAAAAGUGA